AUGCUCUUCAAGAAACACGACAAGGGCGCCGCCGUCCCGACGACGACGACCACGGCGGCCGAUCAGCCCGCCUCUUCGCGGACGAGCAAGAUCCACGAUGAUGAGGACCAGCAACACCAGCAGCAGCAAAAUCAGCAAUCUCAGAAUGUCCUCACUCCGACCGCGACAUCCCGCUCCGAGAUCCAGUACCCUGCCGGCCUCAAGCUCUUCCUCAUCAUGAUCUCCGUCUUCAUAACCAUGUUCCUCGUCGCCCUGGACCGCCUCAUCAUCGCCACCGCCGUGCCCCAAAUCACCGACGACUUUCACUCCGUCGUCGACAUAGGCUGGUACGGCUCCGCCUACCUCCUCACCACCUGCGCCUUCCAGCUCCUCUUUGGCAAGCUCUACGCCUUCUUCCCCAUCAAGAACGUCUUCCUCUCGUCCGUCAUCCUCUUCGAGGUCGGCUCCGCCGUCUGCGGCGCCGCCCCCUCCAGCGCCGCCUUCAUCGUCGGCCGCGCCCUCGCCGGCGUCGGCGGCGCCGGCAUCGUCGCCGGCACCAUCGUCGUCAUGGUCCACUCGGUUCCGCUCCACCGCCGCCCCAAGUACCAAGGCGCCUUCGGCGCCGUCUUCGGCCUCGCCUCAGUCGUCGGCCCCCUCCUCGGCGGCGCCUUUACCACCAAGGUCACGUGGCGGUGGUGCUUCUACAUCAACCUGCCCCUGGGCGGCAUCGCCCUGGUCGUCAUCGCCCUUAUCAUGAGCCCGCCGGACCAGGAUCUUAAGGACACCUCGCUGUGGUCCAAGCUGAGGCAGCUGGACUUUGCGGGCACGGCCGUCUUCAUCCCCGGUGUUGUGUGUCUACUUCUCGCGUUGCAAUGGGGAGGUGUCGAGUAUGCAUGGAACAACCCGCGCAUUAUCGCCCUCCUCGUCCUCGCCUUCGUCCUCCUCGCCUCCUUCGUCGCGAUCCAGAUCCUCCUCCCCGGGACCGCCACCAUCCCGCCCCGCAUCUUGCGCAACCGCUCCAUCGCCUUCGCCGCCUGGGCCGCCUUCUCCAUCGGCGCGCAGAUGAUGGUCUUCACCUACUACAUCCCCAUCUACUUCCAGGCCAUCCAGGGCGUCUCCGCCGUCGACUCGGGCAUCCGCACCCUCCCGCUCGUCCUCUCCAUGACCGUAUUCGCCGGCGUCUCUGGCGGCAUCAUUACCCGCAUCGGGUACUACACCCCCGUCAUGCUCGUGGGCGUCAGUGUCAUGUCCGUCGGCGCCGGCCUCCUCACCACCCUCGGGGUCCACUCCGGCCCGGGCAAGUGGAUCGGGUACCAGGUCAUCUACGGCGUCGGCAUGGGCAUGUGCUUCCAGGCGCCCAACCUCGCCGCCCAGACGGUCUUGGAUAGAAAGGACGUGCCCAUCGGCGCGAGCGCCAUGUUCUUCGCGCAGACGCUGGGCGGCGCCGUCUUCAUCUCGGUCGGGCAGAACGUGCUCAACAACGAGCUCGUGAAGCGCAUGAGAGGCCUCCCAGGGCUCGAAGGGGUCGACCUCAAGGGGUCCGGGGCCACGACUCUGACAAAGCUGCCAGCCGACGUGAGGGGACCCGUGCUGGAGGCUUACAACGGCGCGCUGAGGGUCGUGUUCAUAGUCGGCCUGGUGUUGGCCUGUUCUGCGCUGAUCGGCGCGGCCGGCAUGGAGUGGAAGAGCGUCAAGAAGGGGCAGCAGUCGACGAUGAAGGCCACCGAAGACGUCGAAGCGGCCCAGGCUGGGGCCGCGGUGGGCGGGACUUCCGGGAUCGGUGCGGCCGCGGUUGCCGGGGAGGCGCGGAAGGAGAAGGAAGUUGAUGAGGAGAGUGAGAAGGAGCUGGAAGACGAGAAGGUACGGGAACGAAGCGUGGAUGGCGGCGUCGCUCCAGCCAAGGCGGAAAGCGGGCUGGACAGCAACGCAGUCUCUCGCCAGGAGGAUGAGGUGACAAUUGUUGGGUCGGAGCCCGGAGCGACGAAGAAAGAUUAG